CGCCACCCAGAGCCAGCGCCCGGAGCGAAACCGCUGCGAAGGAGACCUGAACAGCCUACCCCUCCCCACUCGCAGCCCCCGGUGGUCGGGGACGGAAGUCGGGGCUUCUGAGAAAGCCAGGGUGAGAACCCUCACUGGACUCUUCGGGACCCCCAGGAAGGACCUGAGGCCUGAGCCAUCCUCCUCUCUACUCUGCCUGCCCCCCCAGGACUGGGCAGUUGCCAGAGGCCCUGGGGGGGCCCAGACUGUGGUUGUGCCCACCCCCCCGCCUCCAGGAUGGGCCCAAGUUAGUCAGCCUCACCCCGUUCGGCAUCCUCCAGGCCCAGAGGGAACCCCGGGGGCUCUGAAAGCUUGACCCACCACCUGGCUGCCAUGGAGACGAAGCUGCCCCCCGCAAGCACCCCCACCAGCCCUUCUUCCCCGGGGCUGUCGCCCGUGCCCCCACCCGACAAGGUGGAUGGCUUCUCCCGCCGUUCCCUCCGCAGGGCCCGGCCCCGGCGCUCCCACAGCUCCUCUCAGUUCCGCUAUCAGAGCAAUCAGCAAGAGCUCACUCCGCUGCCCCUGCUCAAAGAUGUGCCAGCCUCUGAGCUGCAUGAGCUGUUGAGCCGGAAGCUGGCCCAGUGUGGGGUGAUGUUUGACUUUUUGGACUGUGUGGCUGACCUGAAGGGGAAAGAGGUGAAGCGGGCGGCACUCAAUGAGCUGGUGGAGUGUGUGGGGAGCACCCGGGGGGUCCUCAUUGAGCCUGUCUACCCAGACAUCAUCCGCAUGAUCUCAGUGAAUAUCUUCCGGACCCUACCACCCAGUGAGAACCCUGAAUUUGAUCCUGAAGAGGAUGAACCCAACCUGGAGCCUUCUUGGCCACAUCUGCAGCUGGUGUAUGAGUUUUUCCUACGUUUCCUGGAGAGCCCAGACUUCCAGCCCUCCGUGGCCAAGAGAUAUGUGGAUCAAAAGUUUGUGCUGAUGCUCCUGGAGCUAUUUGAUAGUGAGGACCCCCGGGAGCGCGAGUACCUCAAGACCAUCCUGCACAGGGUCUAUGGCAAGUUCCUGGGGCUCCGGGCCUACAUCCGCAAACAGUGCAGCCACAUCUUCCUCCGGUUCAUCUAUGAACUCGAGCACUUCAAUGGUGUGGCUGAGCUGCUGGAGAUCUUAGGAAGCAUCAUCAAUGGCUUUGCGCUGCCCUUGAAGACCGAGCACAAGCAGUUCCUGGUCCGGGUCCUGAUUCCCCUACACUCUGUCAAGUCACUCUCUGUGUUUCACGCCCAGCUGGCAUACUGUGUGGUGCAGUUCCUGGAGAAGGAUGCCACCUUGACAGAGCACGUGAUCCGGGGGCUGCUCAAAUACUGGCCAAAGACCUGUACGCAGAAAGAGGUGAUGUUUUUGGGGGAGAUGGAAGAGAUUCUGGAUGUCAUUGAGCCCUCCCAGUUUGUGAAGAUCCAGGAGCCCCUCUUCAAGCAGGUGGCCCGCUGUGUGUCCAGCCCCCAUUUCCAGGUUGCAGAGCGGGCUCUGUACUUCUGGAACAAUGAGUAUAUCCUGAGCCUCAUUGAGGACAACUGCCACACUGUGCUGCCUGCUGUGUUUGGGACCCUCUACCAAGUCUCUAAGGAACACUGGAAUCAAACCAUCGUGUCUCUGAUCUACAACGUGCUCAAGACGUUCAUGGAGAUGAAUGGAAAGCUGUUUGAUGAGCUCACGGCCUCCUACAAGCUAGAAAAGCAGCAGGAGCAGCAGAAGGCCCGGGAGCGUCAGGAGCUGUGGCAAGGCCUGGAGGAGCUACGGCUACGCCGGUUACAGGGGACCCAAGGGGCCAAAGAGGCACCCCUCCAACGGCUUACACCCCAGGUGGCCGCCAGCGGGGGUCAGAGCUAGAGACCCCCGAGAAGGGGAGGAGCUAAAUCCAGAGCUAUCAGUCCCUCCAUCCCUCUCCUACCCAGGGGCCUAGAGAGACGCGCACCUACCCCCGGCCUUGCCAGAGUGGGCUCGGAGGGCUCCCUGCCUGGCCCAGCGUGGGCAGCUUCCACUGCGGGGGAGGAGAGGAGAUGGUGGUCCUGGCAACAGAACUCUCAGGCCUUUGUGGCAGGACUUGACCAGGGCAGGCUUGGCCAGGAGGCUGCCGCUGCGGACUGCGCCUGCCCCGCAAAGCUGGGCUCCAGACUGCAGGCAGGUUCUCCCCCUGCUCCUGCCUAGAGCAAGGGGACUCAGCCCCGCGCCUGCCCCGCCUCGUGCCAGCACGAGGUCCUUCCUCACCCUACCAUGGGAUCCAUGGUUUAUUUAUUCUCCCCAGCUCACCCCCGACACAUGCCCCUGGGGCAUCCUCUUUCCCUCCUCUCCCUCACCCUGUACUUCCUGGUCCCCUUUUUAUUUAUUGGGCAGGGGGAGGGGUGAGGGCAUAGGCAGAAGAGAUUCCCCGUGUCCUAGGGUGGGGGGUGGUGUCACAGUUAACCAUGGUCUGUCCCCCUUCCCCUGGCUGGGGGUAGACUUAAUAAAGAGAGAAACUUGA